AUGGCGGUCUACUGGUGGCUUGAUGAUGAAUGCAAACGACUGCCCAAGGCUCUCAAGGACUGGCCUGCCUACACUGAUCUUGAGAAGACGAUCAAUGACUUCAACGAAAAGGUGCCCUUACUCGAGAUGAUGACGAACAAGGCGAUGAAGCCACGGCAUUGGCAGCGGCUGACCGAUUUGACCAACUACACCUACGAUGUUGACUCGGAGAACUUUACGCUAAAGAAUAUGCUUGACGCUCCGCUGCUCGACGUAAAGGAUGACGUCGAGGACAUCUGCGUGUCAGCAGUGCGCGAGAAGGAUAUCGAGGCGAAGCUGAACGCUGUGAUGAAGGAUUGGGCAGCGCAAGACCUCAAGUUGGCCUCGUUUAAGAACCGUGGAGAGCUGCUGUUGAAGGGGGAUAGAGUGGGAGAAAUUAUCCCAAUGCUCGAAGACUCUUUGAUGGUGCUUAGUUCCUUAAUGAGCAACAGGUCAGUAGUAUUAUUCCUCGGCCUCAAAACUCAUAGGAUUUAUUUGAAUGCCAGAGAACGAUUGCUUUCAUCAACUUUCGAUGAUUGUCAGCACUGCUAUCGCAUUUGUAACUCAGAUGAUAUUACUGAUAAAACUACUCAUAAGAUUAGAAAGUUAGCUGAUUUCGGUUGCUCAAGAUGCGGUAGCACUAACAGUUGA